AUGCCAAUAUGGAACAUUCGCUAUUUUGCUGUCAAUACGAAAGCCCCUUUAAAAAAAUCACUCAAAGAACCUACACUACCCGCUUCUCGUCCCCCGGCUGCUAUUGAUAAGACUAUCAGAACAACACAAACUUCUACAGAUUGGAAAAUUAUUAAAAAUCUGGUCCGUUAUAUUUGGCCAAAAGAUGAUCCGGCUGUCAAAAUUCGGGUGGUAACUGCCUUAUCAUUGUUGGUUGCGGGCAAACUCCUUAAUGUGCAAGUUCCAUUUUUUUUUAAACAUGUAGUCGACUCCUUAAAUAUUGAUAUGUCACAAUUUGGAACAGUAUGGACGAUUGCUGGAGCAAUGAUAAUCGGAUGCAAGUAUGGUGCAGCUCGCAUUGGUUCGACUAUAUUUCAAGAAUUAAGAAAUGCAAUAUUCGCAAAUGUGGCCCAAAAAGCCAUUCGUAAGCUUGCUAGGAAUGUGUUUUAUCACUUGCAUCAACUUGAUUUAAAUUUCCAUUUAUCUCGCCAAACUGGUGGUUUAAGUAGGGCUAUUGAUCGUGGAACGAAAGGUAUAAGCUUUUUGCUUUCAUCCCUUGUUUUUCAUGUAAUACCUACUGCAUUGGAAAUAUCCAUUGUGUGUAGUAUUUUGGUAUAUAAUUAUGGCACGCACUUUGCAACAGUUACGGCACUUACAAUGCUAACUUAUGCAGUUUUCACCAUUAAAACAACAUCAUGGCGAACAAAAUUCAGAAAAGAGGCUAAUCAAGCUGAUAAUGAAGCUGCCACAGUUGCGGUUGAUUCCUUGAUUAAUUAUGAAGCCGUAAAGUAUUUUAAUAAUGAAAAAUUUGAAACAGAACAAUAUGAUAAGGCUUUGGAGAAAUAUGAGAAAGCAUCUCUUAAAAUUGCGACAUCUCUUUCCCUCCUAAAUUCGGGACAAAAUAUUAUAUUUAGUAGUGCGUUGACCACUAUGAUGUUUCUGGCUGCUCAAGGGGUUGUUUCAGGGAAUCUUACGGUCGGUGAUUUGGUGAUGGUCAACCAGCUCGUAUUUCAAUUAUCUUUACCUCUCAAUUUUCUCGGUUCGGUAUAUAGGGAACUGCGUCAAAGUUUGAUUGAUAUGGACAUUAUGUUCAAUUUACAAGGAGUGAAUAUUUCUAUCAAGGAUUCACUCAACGCAAAACCUUUAAUGCAUAAAGGUGGUGAAAUAAAAUUUGAAGAUGUUAUAUUUGGAUACCACCCUGACCGCUUAAUUUUGAAAGGAAUAAGUUUUACUGUACCUAGAGGAAAGAAAGUUGCAGUGGUAGGACCAAGUGGAUGUGGGAAAUCAACUAUUCUCCGAUUACUUUUCCGGUUUUACGAUCCACAGAGCGGUAACAUAUAUAUCGAUGGACAAAAUAUUAAAGAUGUAACAUUGGAAAGUUUAAGAGCGAACAUCGGUGUUGUGCCGCAAGAUACUUCCCUUUUCAACAACACAAUUUAUCAUAACAUUGCAUACGGUCAGAUAACUGCUGAUCGGGACAAGGUUGAAUCCGCAGCUAAGCGUGCACGUAUACAUAAUGUUAUUAUGUCAUUGCCAGACAAAUACAAAACGCUCGUAGGUGAACGAGGCUUAAUGCUUUCUGGAGGCGAAAAACAGAGAAUUGCGUUAGCAAGAACAAUCCUGAAAGAUCCUCCGAUAAUAUUUUUUGACGAAGCGACUUCUGCUUUGGAUACACAUACUGAACAAUCGCUUUUAUCUAAUAUCCGAAGUAUCCUUCAGGAGAGUCAAAAAACUAGCAUGUUUGUUGCACAUCACUUAAGUUCUAUUGCCGAUGCGGAUAAAAUAAUCGUAUUAAGAGAUGGAGCUAUAGUGGAACAAGGAACUCAUGAUGUUCUUAUGCAAAAAGAGGACGGUAUUUAUCGAGAAAUGUGGUUCACACAAGAAAUGUCCGAUCCCGCCUUUGAGGAAGAGGAGGAGAUCUCCGAAUUUUAUAAAGAAAUUUAA